AUGAGUACUGGGAGAUUGAGAACGACAUCUUUUGCCGACAAUCAUGCCAAACCGCAGCAUACCGUCGUUGGCGAUCUGAAAGUAACCCGUGAUAAGGAUGGCCAACGAAUUACAAGUGUUCAAGCAACUUAUGGACAACUUCCUGAUCGUAACGAAGAAAUUAGCUAUACCGAUACAAAAGUUAUUGGUAAUGGCAGCUUUGGUGUAGUCUACUCAGCGAAAUUGUUAGGCAAUGAAACUGAAAUUGUUGCUAUUAAGAAAGUAUUGCAGGAUAAACGAUUCAAGAAUCGUGAAUUGCAGAUUAUGAGACGAUUAGACCACAUCAAUAUCGUGAAAUUGUUUUACUUUUUCUAUUCAGCCGGCGAUAAGAAGGAUGAAAUAUUCCUCAAUUUGGUAUUAGAGUUUGUCCCAGAAACUGUCUAUCGUGUUGCCAGACAUUUUACUAAACAAAAACAGUCUAUGCCAAUCUUCUUUGUCAAGCUUCAUCUGUAUCAACUGUUUCGAUCUUUGGCCUACAUUCACUCUCAUGGUAUAUGUCAUCGUGAUAUCAAACCACAAAAUUUGUUGUUGUACCCAGAUACCGGUCUUUUAAAGUUGUGUGACUUUGGAAGUGCAAAGGUAUUAGUCAAAGGCGAACCCAACGUUUCAUAUAUCUGUUCACGCUACUAUCGUGCACCUGAACUAAUAUUUGGAGCUACAGAUUACACUGUGAAAAUCGAUACGUGGUCGGCUGGAUGUGUUUUAGCUGAACUUUUAUUAGGACAGCCCCUCUUUCCUGGUGAAAGUGGAGUCGAUCAGUUAGUAGAGAUCAUUAAAGUUUUAGGGACACCAACCAGAGAUCAAAUUCGUGAUAUGAAUCCCAAUUAUACUGAAUUUAAAUUUCCUCAAAUCAAAGCUCAUCCAUGGGCAAAAGUCUUUCGAACAAGGACCUGUAGCGAGGCAAUUGCUUUAAUAGGCAAACUAUUAGAGUACACGCCAUCCAAGCGAUUAUCAACAUUGGAUUGUCUAGCACAUAAUUUCUUUGACGAUUUAAGACAACCGGGUUGCAAAAUGCCAAAUGGUAGAGAAUUACCACCACUUUUUAAUUUUACUCCUCAUGAACUGUCCAUUCAACCAAGUCUAAACUCUAUCUUAGUACCUUCGUAUAAGUCUUCAACAAAGACUGACGGCCCUUCUGCUGGAGCUAGUAAUGACAACGUAUCAAAUGCUGCUGCUGCAUCUUCGUAA